AUGAAGCUGCCACAAGAAAACAAAGUCGCAGAGAAACAAGGCCGAAGAACACAUUAUCGAACAAUGGGCCGAAACCGACGGCAGCAUUUCCCAGCGGCACCGAAGCGCUCGUUCCGAAAUGAAGCGGCGGGCCGAGCCGGGCCAGGCUCUUACCUUGAGGAUGUGCUGCACGGCGCGCACGAAGGCCGGGCCGUCGGGCGGCGUCUCGGCCAGCAGCUUGUACACCAGCUGCGUGGUUUGGUAACGUUGCAACCGCUGCAGAAAAUGCUAAUGCAGAAGGGGUGGACGCGCUCGCCCCGCAGCCCAGGAGGGGUGCACCGCGGGGGCCGUAAGCGAAUCAAGGGACUGCCAACGCAGGGGGGAUCGAUGGCCGGGGUUCGCAGCGCGUCAGCGCUGGGGCUCUCCUGCGAGGGGCCGCGGUUGCUUGGCGACGCGGUGCGCGGGUGGGCCGAGCCCGUGAGACGCGCGCAGGGCGGCCGGUCCGGGCGGUGCAGCGUCCACGCACCUGCAGCCCGGCCAGGCCGACGCGGCGGUCGAUGCGCGCGCGCGCGGCGCGCGCCGCGGCCGCGGCGACCCGGGGCCGGCGGCCGGGCCGUUGCGCGUCAGCCCACGCGGGCGGCGCGGCGCGGAGCGCGCGCGAGGAGAGACCGCGCGGGCGGCGCGCGGCAGGGCGGGUGCGGACGCACGGGCGCAGGCGGCGCGCGCGACAGCUUUAUGAGCGCGCAGGUCGCGAUCUGCAUCUCGUUCGCCGCCGCUGUUUGGGUCGAGCGAGGAGCGCAAGGUGCCCCCGGGCGGCCUCCCGCGAGCGCAUUAGCUGCGACAACAAACAGCCAGGCGCUGCCUGUCGCCCGCAGCACGUGCGCGCGCGAGAGCGCAGCGGGCGCGGCGCGGCGGCCGAAGGGGGGCGGCGGAGCGGUGCGUGCCAGCCAGGCGCGCGAAAUUCCCACGGCUCGCGAUAGCGCGCCGUCGGAAACGUCCGUCAGCGCGAGAGGCCCGCAGGAGGAGCCGGUCGCUUGCCUAGGCCUGUGCGCGGCAGCGCGAGGUCGCGCUCUCGCCCGCGCCCGUCGCCGCUCGCCCGGGGCGCCCCCCGGCCCCCCGCCCCCCGCGCUCCCCCACGCAAGCGCCCCUCGCCGCGGCAACCGCGGCAGCGGCUGCGCGCGGCGGCGUCGGCUCAGGCUGGGCGCGGCGCGGUGGCGGCAGCAGUCAGCGGCGCGCGCCGACGGGGACGCACGCGCCGAGCAGCGACGGCUCAGCGAUGAGUGCGCGCGCGGCGAGCGAGGAGGGGUGUGGCAGGUGCGCGACGCCUGCCCCCCCCGCUCACGUCGGAGGCGACACCGCCACGUCGCGCGCGAGACGGCCGUCGCCAUAGCGACGAGAGCGGCCUAUGGAUUUUCUGUCCACCGCGCGCGCGGGGGUGGGCGACAGGGGCUGCUCCGCGGCGGCGGCGAGGGGCGCGGGCGUAACGCUGUCAGUCUUCAUCGCAGGGCGCUAAGGGCCCGCGCGCAGGACGGUGGCGGCGUCCGCGCGCGCGUGAGGAAUGCUGCGCGCGGCGCGUGCGCGGGCUGUUUAAGGGCCAUCAAAGCGUCAGCGCUCGUUGCGGCGGCGGCGCGCCCAUGGCGGCGCACAGGAAGACGCACUUAG